AUGAGUCCCGCAAAUGUCCCGCUAUGGGCCCGAAACACUGCCAGUGAGCUCGAAUCGGUGCCCUCAACAUUCUCUAGCUGGGACAAAUGCAUGGCCAAGUCCUAUUGCAAGUGGCCCGUUAUCGCCGGUAUCAUUGUCGGAUCCGUGAUCCUACUCGCCGUAUUAGCAUGUGUGGUCAAUUGCCUAUGCUGUGGCUACCAAUGCUGCAAGUGCUGCUGUAGCUGUUGCUGCCCAUCCGGCCGGCGUAGAAACAAGCAACCGAAGCAACCAAAGCACUUCGAUGACCCUCCAUUCCACCAGCCUCCGCCGCCUGACGCGAACCCAAUCUAUCAAGCGUCUCCUGCUCCGCCCUCGUACCGCGGUGCGCAACAGACUGCGCGCUUUGAUACGCCCAAGUCUCCUGCUGCCACGGUCGCUACGGCUAAUGAUGAUGCUUUGCCCGAGAUGCCUACUUGGGCUGGUGCCGUCAACAAGCAUGUCGAAGACCCGAAUCACCAUGAUGACGUUGAAAUGGAGCCCUUGAAUCCUCCGGACAGGAAGGGCGCUGGGACUCCCGGUGUUGCGUACUCUGAUUACUCUCCUAACCCAGCCAUGGCCGGUGGAGGGUACAGAGGCUUUGGACCUACCGAUCCCUAUGCGCGACGCUCCCCCGGCCCAGCGGCCGCAUUGGCUGCUAGUCAGGAUCCAUAUGGGCGUCGUUCUCCAGGUGUGACAUCCCCCGGUGGACCUAUGGAUCCCUACGCCAGAAGAUCCCCCGGUCCAGCAGCACUCUCUGCCACUCAAGAUCCAUAUGGCCGCCGCUCACCAGGCCCAGCCGCAGCAUUGGCCGCCACGCAAGACCCUUACGGACGACGUUCCCCAGGCGUAACAUCCCCAGCAGCUGCCGCCGCGGUCGAUCCCUACGCAAGACGAUCCCCAGGCCCAGGAGCAGCAUACGCAGCCGCACAAGACCCCUACAACCGCCGCUCCCCAGGCCUGACCUCGCCCGUAGGUGCCCCAGUCCACAACCCCUACGACCAAUCCUACGACGACCACUCCACCUACGGUAGCCAAUACCACGCUGUCACAUCCCCCUCCCCAGUGGCUGCCUACAAACCCCACACCACCUACAGCCCCGUCCCAAUGUCCUUCACUCCAUCCUCGGAACAGGACCACGGCGCAGGCGCCGCCCCCACUCCUGGCUUUACCCGCCAGCCCUCGUUCGGCUCGAGCCAGUAUCCUCCUACUUAUACCUCCCAGCCUGCGUCUGCGUAUAGGGCUUUCUCUCCUACGUCGCCGGCUUCCCCGCCGCCUCCUUUCCCUGCUCCUUCGCCUUCCGAGUAUACCACUUAUAACCCCCAUGCCAUGUCUUCACAACCGGCGGCUCCUGAGCCGGAUACUAUGAGACCUCCUAGUUUGUUGCAGAGUGGGCCUAAGCCUAAUGCUGCGCAUAACUUCUGA